AUGUGUCUCGAUAACUUAACAAUCGACGAAUUCGAUAAGGCGUAUCCGGAUAUGCUGUAUCCAAGCAAGACACAGCUCUAUGACGCCGCAAAAGAUUUGCUCAUAUGUAUGCGGUCACUGAAAAAGAAAGGUCACUUGGAUACAACAUUCGUGGGAAUAACAGGAGGGCUUGCUGUCAUGCGUUAUUGUCCCGAUCGUUUGCCCAGUAUUGCUCCUGCUAGGAAUGAAGAUAUUGACGUCGUCCUGGACUUAGGAGAUUCGACCCUGAAAGACCUCAUGAAUGCGUUGCAUUGGUAUAACUCGCAGCUCUUCAUAAAACACCGUGAGUCUCUCUACAUGCGGACACCAGGAGGCAAAGUGAGGAUCGACUUCAAGAUAAUCCCUGUGGACAGAAAAUUAAAAGGAAUGCAGAGUCUGUACGAUCUUCAACUGAUACAUCUACUACCUCCUGACGUCUAA